UGUACCGUUGUCCACGUUGAUUGACGCUGUGCCGCUCAGUCGCGCUGGUUUUAGUUUACGCCAGCCUGAAGCAGAUUAAUGAUGAAGUUUGUGUGUCAGGAGCUGUGUCUGCUUUUUACAGCCAGCGUUUUUAUUUCCGUGUUCUUUCCCGCCGCUGCCUGGGACUCAGACCUGGAGCUCUUUGAUCUGGUGGAAGAAAUCCCUCAGACGUUUUACGAGUUCCUGUCAGUGGGGCAGGAUGCCUCAUCAGCAGAGAUCAAGAAGGCAUACCGCAGGCUGUCUCUGAUUCUGCAUCCAGACAAAAACAAGGAUGACAAUGCUGAAAUACAGUUCAGACAGUUGGUGGCCAUCUACGAGGUACUGAAGGAUGAGGAGAGGAGACAGAGGUAUAAUGAUAUCCUGAUCAAUGGUUUACCAGACUGGAGACAGCCAGUUUUCUACUACAGACGUGUCCGAAAGAUGAGCAAUGCGGAGCUUGCCUUCCUCCUCUUCCUCAUCCUCACUGUGGGUCACUAUGCCGUCAUCUGGUCCAUCUAUCUGGAGAAACAGCUGGAUGAGCUGCUAACUAAGAAGAAGAAGGAGAAAAAGAAGAAGUUAAAUUCCAAACCCACAGAGGAGCUGAGGUGUGCUGUUCAGGAGAGGAGUGACAGAGCUCAGGACAAACCUCACUGGCAGGACAUUCUUCCUCUGAAGCUCAGCAUCUGGAUCUACCUGUCAAUCAAAGCGCUGCCACACACCAUCCAGGAUGUUAAGCAGUACUAUGAAGACUACAAACUGAUGAAGAUGAAACAGAGGGAGGAGGCUGAGGCCAUGGCUGAACAGGAAGCUGCUCACCGAGAGAAAAAACCCAAAGUAAAGAAACCAAAGGUGGAGUUUCCUGUUUUUGAGCCAUCCAUGGCCGACGGCAUCUACCAGACGUACCAUGAGAGUGCCUCUAUCGAGGAGAUCGAAGAGCAAAUGGAUGAUUGGCUGGAGAACAGGAAAUCCAGCAAGAAAAAGGUCCUGGAGUGGACAGAUGAUGACCUCAGCCUCUUGAGUAGAAGCAUGGUGAAGUUUCCAGGAGGAACUCCUGGCCGUUGGGAGAAAAUUGCCCACGACCUUGGCAGAUCAGUGGCUGAUGUGACGGCCAAAGUGAAACAAGUCAAAGACAAUGUGAGCAGUACCUCAGGUUUGGUCAAACUGUCCGAUCUAAAAGGAAGUCCUGUUCCUUUGAACGCGGGGCCAGCAGAUGCUCUGAUGACACACAGAGACCUCCCAGAAGAGGGAGAGGGUGAGCUUGUCAGGAGGAGAUCCAAAAAGACCUCAGAAGAUGGGGGACAGGUCAGGGUCAAAGGGCGGAGACAAAGGGACUUUGACCCCAUGUUGGUUGAGAAAGAAGAGGAGGAGAAGCAGAGAAUUCCCGCCCAGCAGGAUCUGAGAGAGAAGUCUGGUCUGACUGACAGUGUCUGGACUCAGAACCAGCAGAAGCUUCUGGAGAUGGCCCUGCAGCAGUAUCCCCGCGGUACUACCGAGCGCUGGGAUCGCAUUGCCAAGGUCGUCCCCGGCAAGAGCAAGGAGGAGUGUAUGGUCCGUUACAAGCUGUUGGCAGAACUGGUGCAGAAGAGGAAACAGACGAAAAGCUGACUUGCGGUCUUCAUGUAUGGGUGGCGACCCAGCUGACUUUUCAUAAUGUUGAUGGAACGUGAGUCAGUCGUAUUUACAUCCAGCUUUCACUGCAGACGAAGUUAUGAAAGCUGCUCUGGUUGUAAAAAUCUCUGUUCACCUGGUGAGGUGUGUGUUAAGUGAAAUCCAGAAAGCAUUAUAAAAGAAACCAAGACCAAAGUGAACAGUGUAGUAUGACCUCUGACCUCUGAGGCAACUCCAGUCCUCCAUAGCAUCACGUGCCUUAGCUCCACCAUAAAGCAUGCCAUCAUAAAGUCUCUGAAAAACCCUCAGUUUAAACUUUUGGCUUUUUCAUUGACAGUUCGUUGCUGUUAAAAUGUAGUUUAAAAGAUAAAUAAACAGUUAUUUAUUUCUGUUAUUGUGUCCUCAGAUGUGGUUGUUUUAUUAAAUCAAGAAUAUC